AUGUUUACGCAACUUUCAAGGAUGCUCAGAGGUUCUCAGUUCUUGAAUUGGGCUUGUCCCGUGCGGGUCCUGUUACAGCAAAGAGACUGUCACAUCCCUGCUUUGUCUCAACUAGUUCACAAGGCCAACCCAAGGGACGACUCGGCCUGGAGAGAAUGUCUGUCUUCUGUGAAUGAGCAAAGAUGUCGACGGAUUCUUAAACCAAACUCGAAGCUCUAUGAGGUGGAGAAGGUGGUACGGAGGACUCCCAGUCUAAGUUUGGGGAAGAAACCGGCAAGGUGGGCUUCCGUUCUGGUCAGUCUCUGCAGUGUGGAGGACGAACCUGCCAUUCUGUUCACUCUGCGCUCCAACACACUCCAUGGAAGGCACAAAGGAGACGUCAGUUUUGCUGGAGGGAAGAGCGAUCCAUCAGACAAAGACGUUGUGGCCACAGCUCUGCGAGAGGCCAGGGAGGAGCUGGGCAUAAACGUGGGAGCGGAGCAAGUGUGGGGGGUGCUCAAACCACUCAGGGAGAUGACGGGAAUGAUGGUGGCGCCGGUGCUCGCAAACCUGGGUCCUUUGGAAGAGCUGUCCUUCAAACCAAACCCUGGGGAGGUGGAGGAGGUCUUCACCGUGUCGCUGCCACACCUGUGUAACCCGGUGAAUCGCGGUUACACACACUUUCGCACCGGAGACAAAUACGGCUACACUCUUCCCGUAUUCAGGAACGGGAAACACAGAGUCUGGGGUCUGACCGCUGUGGCCUUGGAUCACUCUUUGAAAAUAAUUUGUCAGUAG